GUGACGGCGAUGUGUCCACGCGUAUUAUCUUUACUUUUCGAAAUUUCCAUUCAUCCUCAUCGUUGAAUUCAUUUCCGGCAUAAUUAGAAUGCCUUUUGCUGAAAAUUAUGGCAGUCAACAGAACUUUGCUCGUAAAAGACGUUCCAAGACUUACAAGGACCAAAGUGUUGACACUUGCGAGAAAACGGUGAUUGAUAAAAAGUUUCAAUUACCGCUGGGAACACUUUUCUUUCUUCAGUUUGUAGCGAUCACGAUAUCACUUUUUAUUUAUCUGAAUAGCAUUCAUCCAUACUAUUUCAUCGACGAAGCUUUUCAUAUCCCCCAGACUCUACGAUAUUGCGAAGGGAAGUUUUUCGAAUGGGAUUCUAAGAUAACGACAUUGCCCGGUUUAUAUCUCAUCACAGCCGGAGUACUUGCCCCUUUUGGCCUUUGUAAUAUAACAUGGAUUCGCUCCAUAAACUUAAUUGGAACGCUUUUUAAUGUUUUCUUGGUUUACAAGAUCACAAAGUACAAUCGAUCUGGUUUUUCUCAUAGCGAUUGGAUACACCUUACGACGACUUAUGUCAUUGUACUCUUUCCACCGCUUUAUUUCUGGUUCUUUCUGUAUUAUACAGACGUUAUUUCAGUUAAUACGGUAUUAUUAAUGCUGUUGUUGCAACUGCAGAAGCAUUUUACAGCUGCUGCUUUUGUGGGAAUGUUAUCCAUAUUUGUGAGACAAACCAACAUCAUUUGGGUAGUAUUACUUACCGUAGAGCGUGCUUUACAGUUGUUAGAAACCAGAUUAAAAAAUCCUAUUUCCCAGAGGAUACUAUCUUCACCAAAAUAUGUCCAUUUACUCUGGGACUACACAGUUGAUGAAGCUCGCCGUGGACUUACUCCAUUUUUUAAAUUCGUCUUACAAAUGGGUUUCCAUCUCCUACCAUAUGUCACGAUAAUCUUAGGAUUCAUCGCAUUCGUAAUCUGGAACGGUGGUAUAGUUGUCGGAGACCAUAGUGCUCACGUACCGACAAUUCAUGUACCACAAAUGUUCUAUUUUUCUAUUUUUACCCUUUGUUUUGCAUGGCCUUAUAUGCUUCCCCACGGGAAGGGAUUUUUUCGGAGUAUUCGAAGACACUGGCAGUUAACUAGUUUACUUCUUGUAUCAAUGAUAACUGUGAUCCAUUUUAAUACUCUAGUUCACCCGUACGUAUUAGCGGACAAUAGACAUUACGUUUUUUAUGUGUGGAACAAACUAAUGGGGCGAUAUGUAUGGUUCAAGUACGUCGUUAUUCCCGUGUACGGAUUCUCUAUGUAUGCAUUUCUUGCGUGCAUCGGUCACGUACGUUAUUUAUCUAAAAUUGCAUACAUCGGAGCUGUUUGUACGGUACUUAUCCCCCAGUUAUUGCUGGAACCUCGUUAUUUCAUCAUUCCGUACAUUAUCUUCCGUCUGCAUAUACAAAAACCAAAAUUUUGGCAACUAUCCCUGGAGCUCCUUGCAACAUUAACAGUGAAUUUUCUGCAAUUCUUCAUUUUUGCAAACAAAGUCUUCUAUUGGCCCGAUCAACCGAAUCCCCAAAGAAUCUCUUGGUAACCAGAACCAACAACCAAUGUUUCCAUUUCUAAAUAUUAAAAUCAAAGAAUACCAACAAUGCCGUAACUUUUAUCUUCAAAAUUCCUCCAGCUUUACUUCUAAAUAUAAAACAAUUCACGAUGGAAUUUCAUCGACUGUAAAAGGAUAUAAACACGUCAAAAAAGAAAAAACGGGCAGGAAACGCGAAAAUAAAAGUUACCCGCAGCGGCGCUUUUUCCUUUGCUUUUUAUUUCUCCCUCCCUUCUCAUCUCUCUGUAAAUGUAGAGCGACUAUUAUAAUGACUAAUAAGAGAUCUUACACUUCGGUAUAUUACAUCUUACAAAGAAGUCGCCGCUUAUAAUUAAUCACUUCUCCGAUCGCUCCAAUCGCGUACGAUAUAAGAAUAAGUAGCACUGCAUCACUUGUUCCAUCUUAGGUAUUAUACAAAUAUAAUACAUGUUCGUUU